CACAGUUCUCAUUUUAAAAUUACCAGAAACCCUAAGUUCAAAAUCCUUAAAGUUCCAUUUCUCUAAUCAUCCAUGGCUGCCACUGCAACAACACCCGCUCUUCCAAUGGCUUCUGAUCCAGUCCCAACGAAGAAGAGUAGAAGUAGAAAAGCCCUAAAAGAGAAAAAUCCAUCAAGCAAUGAAGCUAACAUUUUAGCUGGAAAAUCAGCUGACCCGUUGGAUUUACCAGUAUCGGUACCGGAAUCUGAUCCAUUGAAGGAAAACCAUGAGACUCUCUCUCAGCCCCGAUCUGAGAAGAAGAAAUCGAAGUCGAAAUCAAAGGCGAAGAAGGUAGAAGAGACCAAUAGUUUUGAGAAGGAUUUGCAAGAAAUGCAAGAAAUGUUGGAGAAAAUGAAGAUUGAGAAGGAGAAAACUGAGGAGAUAUUGAAGGAGAAAGAUGAGAUUCUGAAGAAGAAAGAUGAAGAGCAGCAGAAGCUUCAGUCGGAGCUCAAGAAGUUGCAGAAAAUGAAGGAGUUUAAGCCUACUAUGACUCUGCCCGUCUUAAAAGACAAAGAAGUAGAAAAGAAAGACAAGAAAAAGAAGGAAUGCCCAGAAAGGAAAAGGCCAGCUGCAGCAUAUGCCUUGUGGUGUAAAGAUCAAUGGAAUGAGAUCAAAAAAGAGAACCCAAAUGCAGAUUUCAAGGAAGUUUCUAACAUAAUGGGUGCAAAGUGGAAAAGCCUCACUCCAGAAGAGAAGAAGCCAUACGAGGAGAAGUACCAAGCUGAGAAAGAAGCUUAUUUGCAGAUUGUCAGCAAAGAAAAGCGCGAAAUCGAAGCAAUGAAAUUACUAGAGGAUGAGCAGAAGCAGAAGACUGCAAUGGAGCUGCUUAAUCAGUAUCUUGAAUUCAAGCAAGAAGCAAACAAAGAGACUAAAAAACCCAAGAAAGAGAAGGACCCUUUAAAGCCAAAACAACCAAUGAGUGCUUUCUUCUUGUACUCGAAUGAGAGGCGAUCAGGUUUGCUUGGAGAGGGAAAGAACAUUCUUGAGGCUUCAAAGAUCAUUGGUGAAGAAUGGAAAAGCUUGUCAGAAGAGCAGAAAAGGCCUUAUGAAGAGAAAGCAAAGGAAAUCAAGGAAAAAUACCAACAGGAGAUGGAGGUGUACAAACAAAAGAAAGAAGAAGAAGCUGCCAGCUUGAAAAAAGAAGAGGAUGAGUUCAUGAAAAUUCAGAAAGUUGAGGCUUUACAGCUUCUUAAGAAGAAAGAAAAGACUGACAACAUCAUCAAGAAAACCAAAGAGAUUAAGAAGAAGUCAAAGGAAGAGAAAGUCACUGAUCCAAACAAGCCGAAGAGGCCUGUUUCUUCCUUCUUUUUAUUCAGUAUGGAAGAGAGGAAAAAUUUGGUUAAGGAGCGGUCUGAAACCAGUUACUCUACUGUCACUGCGCUUAUUUCUUUGAAAUGGAAGGAACUAAGUGAAGAGGAGAAAAAGGGUUGGAAUGAUAAGGCAGCAGAGAGCAUGGCAGCAUACAAGAAAGAGUUGGAAGAAUACAACAAAAAACAGUCUGAAGCCGGCGCUGAAACCGGAGCCAAGUAAAGGCUACAAAAGAGUCUUGAUUGAUGUUCAAGUGGCUCGGUUGAACGUCUUACAUCGAACUUAUAGAGCUUAAUUGGCUUCUCCUGUUAGUAGAUGGCCACAUUAGAGUAACUUUUAGUAGUUCAAGUGAUGGCUAAUUGCUGUUUUUAGUGGGUUGUUAAUUACUAGUAUUAGUAAUGUUUGAUCAAUCUAUUAUUGAAUGAAGUUGGUUUCAAACCUACUACAA